GUUUAUUUAAAUGAUACUAGUUAUAAUUUAAGUGAUAGCACAAUACUACCGUUUGUAAUCUUUAGUAUGAAUGAUGCAGAUUUUUAUAUAAACUAUGAACACGACUUAAUUGUGUCACUCCAACUUCCAACAAUUUCAAAACUUCCUGAAACGAUUCUUACCUUAAAUCAGUAUAGCCUUGCAGCAUUCAGAUUUUCAUCUAAACUUGAACGUAUAGAGUAUAUAACGUCGACAAUGGAAACAUUUCCACUUUUAAAUGAUACUGUUAAUUCUCUAACAUUACUUACGAAAAUAACCAUUGAACCGCAAUCAUUUAUUGUUCAAGUUGAAACUGAUAAAAGGUGUACCAUUGCUAUUAAACCAUGGGGAUUGAUUCAAAAAUAUGGCUUUAAAAUAAAUAAUUCAGUACAAACAAAAUUGAAAAGUGCAUUUGAAGUUAUUCCAUUAGUGCAUCACUCAAAAAUUACUAAUAAUUUGAAAAAGCAUGAAGUAAAAAGAAGACUUGAUUCAUUACAACUAUUUUUAACAGAAUAUGUUGUUGAUGUACAAUAUUUGGAAGAAAUUUAUAAAAAGAAUAUAAAUAAAAAAGGUAAUUUUAUAUAA